GCAUCACUCAACCAUUAUGCUCCAGAAACUCACAAUAGUAGCUACUCUGCACACCACUGGUUUCAAGAAUCCAGACUCUACCAGUCAGGAGGCUUGGUUUGGCGUUGGCGAUUUGACAGCUGACCCUGGUGAGCACCUGCAUAGAGCUCGAUCACGUGAUCUUAUCGAGCACGCAAAAUGCUGGCGAAUUACGACAGCUCAGACACGUCGCUUGACGCGCAUAGGGAUAUCGAUCUCGCAAUCCUAUUCGAUAUAACUCGUUCACGCGACUUCACUGCAUAUGGUGUCUUGGAUCCGCUCAAGGUGUCAUCCUUUCACUUUCGAGCUCCGACCUCCAUAUAUAGUUCCAUCAUGAGGGCGCCGUUAGCGUCCGGUAAGGAAACCCAUCCGGAUAUCCCAAUGAAACGCUUCUCAAGUACUCGUUAUCAGCGUCUCGAUUCGGAGGGUCCGGAAUGGACAUCGAGCACUGGACAUCCAGGACGGUUCGAGGACCAAGACCUGGAACUUGAUAAAGACGAUCACGAGGACUCACAUGACUUUCCUUUAGGAUAUGCACAUCCAAGCAGAGAUGGCAGCCAUGCCACUGCAGCCUUACUUAAAAGCGGCAAGUCUUUGGCUUUAGGUGUUCCAGGCGAAGAGAGGAGAUUCUUCUUCCAAAGAUCGAGAGUUGUCUAUGACCCAUCUGCAAUAGCAACACAGGCUUCGGUAUUUGAUGACCCGGAUACCUUGGAAGAGUUUCGACCUGGCGAUGAUUGGGAAAAUAUACAUCGCUUUGAUCCUGACGAGAGGUGGACAUGGGGAGAAGAGCACCUGCUGAUCCGCAAAAUCGAUUCAAGGAUCAUGGUAUUUGCAGCGGUCAUGUUCAUGGCACUGGAGCUAGAUCGAUCGAAUAUCUCUCAGGCUUUGACAGACAACUUUCUAGAAGAUCUAGGAAUGACCACCAACGAUUAUAAUUAUGGUCAAACAGCUUUCAAAUUUGCCUUCUUAUUUGCAGAGCUACCCUCUCAGCUCAUCGCAAAGUGGAUAGGACCAGACAUAUGGAUACCGACACAGAUGGUGGUCUGGUCUUUGGUAGCCUCAGGUCAAUUUUUCCUCAAUGGAAGAACAUCAUUCUUCAUUACUCGCGCACUGCUUGGAGCCCUGCAAGGCGGUUUCAUUCCUGAGGUCAUCUUAUACUUGUCGUACUUCUACAAGCAUCAUGAAUUAUCGUUAAGACUUGGCUUUUUUUGGACCGCAUCUGCUCUUGCGGAUGUCAUGGGUGGCUUUCUUGCGUUUGGGAUUUUACAUAUGCGGGAUGUUGACGGUCAUGCCGGAUGGCGAUGGCUAUUCCUAAUUGAAGCCCUGCUCACUCUUGUCGUCGGUCUUCUUGCCUUCGUUCUUAUGCCAUCGAGUCCAACUUCUACUGCAAGCUGGUUCCGCGGAGAGCGAGGAUGGUUCACUGAGCGGGAAGAGAAGAUCAUGGUGAAUAGAAUCAUUCGCGAAGACCCCAGCAAAAGCUCAAUGCACAAUCGCGAGCCACUGACCCCAGCACUGGUGUGGCGAAGCAUCAAGGAUUUUGAUCUCUGGCCGAUCUAUAUCCUCGGCCUCAAUUUCCAGACUCCCAUGUCUACGCCAGCUAACUACCUGACUCUCUCGUUGAAGGGUCUUGGAUUCGACACGUUCAAAACGAACCUGCUCGUCAUUCCGAGCAAAGUAUUGCAUGUGACAACCAUGCUAGCUCUGACUUAUGCUGGGGAAGUGUUUGGGGAGCUCACGAUAACUGCUUUGAUCGGUCAGAUCUGGGCGCUACCCUUUUUGAUCUUCAUCAACCUCGUCGAUAUCAAUCAGAUCAACAAAUGGUUAGCUUGGGCAAUCAUGACAGCUUUGUUGUGUUAUCCUGACGCGCAUCCAAUCCAGGUCGGCUGGAAUUCCCGCAACUCAAACACUGUAAGAUCACGUACCGUCUCUGCAGCUUUAUACAACAUGUGCGUCCAGACGUCCGGGAUAAUUGCGGCAAACAUCUACCAAGAAGACGACGCACCCCGCUACAAACGAGGAAACCACAUCCUACUCUCCCUACUCGCUCUCAACAUUUUUCUCUAUUUGGGUACAAAGAUCUACUAUGUAAAGAGGAAUGCAUAUAGAGAUAGAAUAUGGAAUGGGAUGACUGAAGAGGAGAAGCUGAACUAUUUGACGACGACAACGGACGAGGGUAACAAAAGAUUGGAUUUUAGAUUCGCGCAUUAA